AUGGAUAAACUAAAGAAAUUACGAGCACCGAUUCGAGCAGCAUUUACGAAAACGGCGAAUGCAAUUGAAGAAAUCUUGAAGGAGAAAGAAAUAAACAUCGAUCAAUUGCAAGCAUUGGGCGACGUGUUGGACAAGAAAGCCGAAAGCUUGGUGCAAUUGGAUCAGAAGAUCAUGGACACGAUGGUAGAGGAAGAUCUACCAGAAGAACAAAUAAACGAAGAAUAUGAAAAGUCGAGCGAAUAUGAGGAAAAGAUGUGCUUCUAUCGUAGAAGAAUCGAGUCACUGAUGCAGCGACUCAAACCUAUUGCGUCAGAUACGAAUUCCGAUGUUUUUGGAACAGUCGUCAGUCGUCAAAAGACAGAAAAGAAAUACAAACUGCCGAAAAUUGAAUUUACUAAAUUUAAAGGUGACCUGAAAGAAUGGCUGGCUUUUUGGGCACAAUUUCAAAAAAUUCACAAGGAUGAGGAGAUGGCCGAUGAAGACAAGUUUCAUUAUCUGCGGCAAUCAACUGAAGAGAGUUCGAAAGCAAGAGAAGUCGUCGACAGCUUUCCGAUGACUGCAGAAAAUUACCCGAAAGUGGUGAAACAUUUGAAAGAACGAUUCGGAAACAAAGACAUGCUGAUCGAAUAUUAUGUCCGAGAGUUACUACGGCUGGUAUUGUCGAAUGCAUUGAAUCAAUCCAAGAAGAUGAGCAUAUCGUCAUUGUACGAUAAGUUGGAAACGCAGUUGCGAGCUCUAGAGUCGCUGAAUGUAACCAGAGACGAAUUUGUAGCAAUAUUAUACCCACUCGUUGAAUCAUGUCUGCCAGAGGAUAUAUUGCGAGCAUGGGAACGUCAUCGAUUCUUGCCAUUGAACAGAGAGGAAACCGAUCGCCUAAGUCGUUUGAUGCUGUUCGUCAAAAGUGAAGUGGAAAGUGAAGAACGAAUUUCAAUGGCUAGAGGCGGAUUUGGAGACCAAUCGAAGAAAGUACCGAAGAAAGAGGACAAAUAUGAAAUUCCAUCAGCAGCGGGAUUAAUUGUUGGUUCAUCGGACGAAAGAAAACGGGAAGUAUGCAUUUUCUGUGGAGGGAAAUCGCAUUUCUCUCGCAAGUGUUGGAAAGGUGCGAAAAUGAGCCUGGCAGAGAAACAAAAAACCUGUAAAGAAGGAAAGGUGUGUUUUAGUUGUCUAAACCGAGGUCACAUAACACCAAAUUGCCCGAACAAAGAUCGAUUGAAAUGUGAAACAUGCGAAGGUCAACAUUGUCACAUGAUGUGUCCGGAUAAUACAAGAAAGGUCACAGAAAAAACCAACGUGGGGUUAAGCCAGUCGAAAGAAUUAGUUCAAGCAUCACCCACAUCGAAUUUGUUACUGAAAGAGAGAAAAGAGGAAUCUGUGCUUUCCACUUUGUUGAUUCGAAUUCACAAUGGUAGCCGAAGUAUAGUUGUACGAGCGGCAAUUGACUCAGGAUCCCACAAAACUUAUUUGCUGAAAAGAGUGAUAAAAGAACUCGGCCUCGAGAAAUUAGGUCAAGAAACUCUGAUUCAUGAGUUAUUUGGAGGUCAUCAGUUGAAGGAAACGGUGCAUGGUCGUUACAGAAUUUUAGCCGAAAAUUUGGAUGGAUCAUACGCUUGUAAAUUCGAUGUACUGGAACAGGAACGAAUUUGUUUCGAUGUUAAACGAAUCGUCCAAGGUAAUUGGCUACAAAAAUUACAAGAAGAAAACAUUAUCUUAACAGAUGUAGGAGUUGGUUCGGCUGAGAUCGAAUUGCUUAUUGGCAACAAUGUAGCUGGACGCUUAUUGCAUAAAAUACAUCGAUUGAAAGAAUACGAAAAUUUUGUGGCAAUGGACUAUAGCCUGGGAUGGACAAUAAUGGGAACAGUUCCGACUAACACCUCCAAUGAUCAUACAGAUACGGCCUUGUUGGUGCACACACUUUUCAUCCGAGAAGCGAACGUAGCUGAUCUUUGGCGAUUGGACUUGAUUGGUAUCGAAGAUGCUGCAGAAACGAAGAAAAAAGAAACCAAUUUGCGAACGAUAACCGAACAAUUUCAAAAGAAUUUGAAAAUCAACGACGAAGGACGAUACGAAAUUUCAUUGCCGUUCAUCAAUGGUAGUCCACCUCUCAAGUCGAACAGGAAAAUGGCAGAACAAAGAUUGAUAACUAUGUCGAGAAAACUGAGCCCAGAAUUGAAAGAAGCCUACUGCAAAGUAUUCGAGGAUUGGGAAAUGAGUGGAGUAAUCGAACAAGUACCAGAAGAUCAAUUGGAAAAUGGUGCAUAUUAUAUGCCACACAAACCAGUACUGAAUCCAAGUAGUUUAACCACACCAGUACGACCGGUGUUCGACGCUUCAGCGAAAGAAAAAGGCUCGCUUUCACUCAACGACUCCUUGGAAAAAGGGCCUAAUUUGUUGGAGGUGAUAACGUCAAUAAUGAUCCGAUUCAGACUGUGGAGACAUGGCUUAAUAUCCGACAUAAAGAAGGCUUUCCUGCAAAUCAGUAUACAACCGAAGGAUAGAGAUUUCCUGCGUUUCUUAUGGUGGGAGAAAAAGUCUAAUAAAAUAAAGGUUUUUCGUCAUAGGAGACUGGUGUUUGGCCUGACGUGCAGUUCCUUUACAUUGGCAGCAAUAAUUAAUAAAAUAUUGGACGAAGCAACCAAACAAUACGAAGAAACGGCAAAGCAAUUGAAAGACUCAAAUUACGUGGACAAUUGCAUUACCAGCGUUGAGACCGAAGAAGAAGUUUUCAAGUUCGAACAUGAAGCAACGUAUUUGCUAUCGACCGGCCAAUUUGAAUUACGAGGCUGGGAAUGGAAUGCUCCAACAUACCAUGGCGGUGUGACAAAAGAAAUCUCAGUUCUUGGUUUGACAUGGAACUUUGGUCUGGACACUUUGAGUUGCGAUAUCGAUAAAGGCAGUGAUUUGGGAGAUCAAGAAGUUACGAAGCAAAUCAUCUUAUCGACCACUCACAAAAUAUUCGAUCCAAUUGGCUUCACCACACCUCUAGUGGUUUAUCCGAAAGUCCUAUUGCAAGAAUGUUGGAAAACGGAAAUUGGUUGGAAAGAUCCUGUUCCAGAGCUCAUCGCACAGAAAUUCAGAAAAUGGUGCAAACAAUUGGCGAAAGUUAAAGAAAUAACGAUACCACGAUGGAUUGGGUUAAGUAAAGCUAAUGUAAAUUCAAUACAAUUACAUGUUCCGAAUUCUGUUUGA